CAACUCGCAAGCGCAUACACACCACCACCACCGCCAGACCAGCGCCAAAACAGGGGGUGGUGGAGUGAGCUCUGCUUCCGGCGCAACACCGAGGGCAACCACACAGACCCCCGGCCAGAUGGGCGCCGGCGGCCUCCUCCUCGCCGCCGCCGCCGUGCUCGCCCUCAUCCUCUCCACGGCGCCGCGCCCGGCGUCGUGCGCCGACCUGUACGCCGUCGUCUACAAGGGCUGCGCCAACCAGACGUUCCCGGGGGGAAGCCCGCCGCCCACCGUCGCGGCGCUCUCCUCGGCGCUUGCCGCGCAGUCGGCCUCCGCCAAGUUCUACAAGACCUCCUCGGCCUCCGCCUCCUCGGCCUCCGCCUCCGUCUUCGGCCUCUUCCAGUGCCGCGGCGACCUGUCCGGCCCGGACUGCUCCUCCUGCGUCGCCCGGGCCAUGUCCUCCUGGCGCGACCUCUGCGGCGCCGCCGUCGCCGCGCGGGUCCAGCUCAACGGCUGCCUCGCGCUCUACGAGAUCUCCGGCUUCCCCCAGGUCUCCGGCGUCCAGAUGCUCUUCAAGACCUGCGGCUCCGGCGCUGGCGGCGACGGCGGCGCCCCGGACUUCGAGACGCGCCGCGGCACCGCCUUCAGCCAGCUCGAGGGGGGCGCGGGCACCAGCGCGGGGGGCUUCUUCGCCACCAGCUUCCAGCAGGUCUACGCGCUGGCGCAGUGCGAGGGCGACCUCUCCAACGUCGACUGCAGCAACUGCGUCACCCAGGCCGUGCAGCGCGUCGCCGUCGAGUGCGGCGGCGCCCCCUCCGGCCAGGUCUACCUCGACAAGUGCUACAUUACCUACAGCUACUACCCCCACGGCGUGCCCCGUGGCGGCGGCGGCGGCCUCGGAGGGCAGCAGACGGCCAAGACUGUGGCCAUCGUGCUGGGUGGAGCCUUGGCCCUGGGUUUCCUGGUCAUCUGCCUGCUCUUCGCCCGAAGCCUGGUCAAGAAGAAGGACGAUUACUGACCUGGAGGCAUGGAGGGAGGAGGAGGUAGCAACUGGACAAGGGAAAGCAUUGGGGCAUGGUGUGCAUUUUCGAUAGGGGCGUUGGACGGUGGUGAGUGGGAUACAGAGGGGACUGUUUUUUGGCUCUUGUUCCUCUCUCUGGCCAUGUGGUGUGAGGGGUGCCAUACCCACAUCGCAUGCACGAUGAGAGAUGAGAGAUGAGAGAGAGGGGUAAAGGAGAGGAGGCAAGUUCAGAAAAAGAAACUGUUCUUUCCUUUGGGGCUGGCUGGCUGGCUGGGGCUCAUGUGAAUCGGUUGGAAUUCAAGAUGGUUUUUUGUCUUUGGGCUGCACUAUUACCACCCUCUCUUGGUUGCUUAAUUUAGGUAGGGUUCUAGGAGUACAUUGAUUGAUUCUCUUGUUUUCCUGAGAGGAAACUACAUGUAGUCCUUCUAUGCAGAAAGUAAUCUUAGAUUAGUCUCCUGUGUGA